AUGGCCUGUACCGUUCCACCGCGGACGUGGGAAGGUGGAUUCGCGCGCCCAACAGAAACAAAUUCAUGGGAGGAUGGAGGUAAAUAUAUCACCGAAUACGGUGAACAGGCACACUAUACAUUGCCAGUACACAGAGAGCUACCGACUUCGACAAUUGGGAAUGAUAUCGGCCUGGCGCAUCUGAGGACAUGGCCGAGUAUCUACGAUGGCACUGCCCAGGGGAAGCCGGCAUGGUUUCAACCAGCCAGCGAAGUGGAUGUACUUAUCUGCGGUGCGGGUCCGUUCGGCCUGCAACUAGGAAUGAUCCUCGCAAGACAGGGUAUUAGCUUCCGGAUCAUAGACAAGGCAAGCUCACCCUGUCUCUCCGGCCGUGCAGACGCAGUCCACCCACGGGCCCUGGAGCUCAUCCACGCCUGGGGUCUUGCUCACGAAGCCACCGAAGAAGGCCCGCUCAUCAACUCGACUGCAGUAUACAGCAACGGUGUAAAGCUGUUCCACAGCAACCACCCGACUAGCGAUUCCCGAUACAAGGGCGCACAUGUUAUAACCCAAGGUCAGCUGGAACGGAUAUACAUCCGCGACCUACUGCGCCAUCAGAUCGUUGUAGAGAGGGAGACCCUCGUUCAGGAGUUUGGCGUGCUGGACGGUGAUUCGACGCACCCUGUUCAGGCUACAUUGCAGAAUAUCUCGAGCGGCGCGGAAGAGGUUGUCAGAGCGCAGUAUCUCAUCGGGGCUGACGGUGCGGCCAGCAGUAUUCGCGAGCAGAUGAAGGUGGACUUUGAUGGGCUUGCGACGGAUAUCUACUGGGCGAUUAUUGACUGUCAGUUCAAGACGGACUAUCCGCUUAUAUUUGGGAUGAGCAUGCUUACUAGUAAACAUGGUGGGAGCGUCAUCAUUCCUCGCGAGGAGGGGCAUACUCGGAUAUAUAUCCAAGUCAACGAAGAAACAGCCCGCCGUCUCCGCGAAAGCCGAGACGCGAGAAGGAAUGCAUCCGGCGUAGGGGACACUCGCAUCGACGACCACGGGAUCGCCCCAGACGAAGCCCUCGAGCAACUGCGCAAGAUCAUGGCACCCUGGACGAUCGAAUUCGCGUCCCCAAUCAGCUGGUUCUCAGUAUGGAAAGUCAACGAGCGAGUAGCCCGGCACUUCUCAUCUCCUGAUCUGCGCGUGCAUCUAGGUGGCGACGCAGCUCACGUCCACAGCGUCAUGGGGGCAUUCGGCUUCAACUCCUCUGUAUACGACGCUGCCAAUCUCGGCUGGAAGUUGGGCCUUUGUCUCAAGGAGCAGGCGAAGCGGGAUAUUCUGCUUCCAACAUACGAUAGCGAGCGCCGCAUGGCUGCAAACCGCGUCAUCCGCUGUUCUGGCGCGUAUCUGCGUUUCCUCUGCAACUCGCAUCUGCCUUUAGCUGCCCUGAGAGGACUGCACGAGAACCUCGAAUCGCAUGAUGAAGCCCUCCCGGCACUAGAUGGGAGUAUACAGGCGCAGGGCCAGUUCAUGGGCGUCUUCUACAGACGCCACUCGAACUUCCUCCUCGGUAUCGAGUGGCCGAUUAUCGAGUCGUCGAUUUGUCCUCUUGAUACCCCUGAGCAGCAACGACCGAUAUCCGUUCGCAACGGAGCUCGUGCUCCGAAUCCCCGUGUUUGCUUUGAUAUAGAGUACACGUCGUACUUGUACGAUAAAAUGACCGGGGUGUCGAGGUUCCAUCUCCUGGUUUUUGGCUCGGACCUGCAGGGCCCUGUGCGGGAGAGACUGAUGAUAUUUUCCAAGAAGACAUUUGGACCGGAUGGUCUUUUCGCCCGCUUUGGUGGCAAGGCGAUCUUCAAUGUUAUUCUUGUCACCAAGGCUCUACCGUACGAGGCUAGACGUUUGCUUGCGUCGCAGAAUGGCAAGGAGGAUGACCUUAAGGGUCUCCGCGAGCAUGCAGCUGUGGUGUAUGAUGACCGGGUUCCCGACGAUGAUGCGCAUUAUUGGUACGGGGUUAAUCAUGCCCGUGGUGCUGCUGUUGCUGUUCGGCCGGACCUGAGCGUUGGUGUCAGCGUUUGGCCGGAAGAUGUGGAGGGGCUGGAUGCGUAUUUUGGAGAAUUUCUGGUGAAGCAGAAGGUGUCGCCUAUACAUUCGAGUAAGAGUGGCGUUGAGGUUAUCAGUCAGGAGGUUGAUGGGGUAUGCAACAUGCAGGUGGCUCGUCCGAGGAAGUCCAUUCGAUCUUGGUUCUCUAGUCUGUUGACGAUUUAG